UGCGCGCGCUUCGUUUUCACUACGAGUUCAAAACAAUUUUUCAUUCUGUUUAAAGUGUUUUUAAUACUUUCUCACAAUGAAUUCCAGUGUUAUUGAUUCGAAAUUAGCAAGCCAUAAAGUGUUUAAGGACCUAAAAGACAGUUUUGACGAUAGCAGUGACAAAUUGUGCAAUUUAAUCGAGCUCAAAGAUGAUGUUUUGUACAUUUGGAACCCGGUUGAGAACUGUUUACUGUCGGUGAACCUGAAGUAUGUGGAAGAACACGACGAUAACACUACUUACCAGAAGCUACACCUCCUCUCGCCGCCCUCCUUCACCGUGGAGCGUCUGCUGUGCGGCGCGUGCGGCACGCGGCUGUGUCUGUGGGGGCGGCGCGGCGCGGUCGUGGCCGAGCUGCCGUCGCGCUGGGGCCGCGCCGGCCUGUUCGACGGCGGGAAGGAGACGGUUCUGUGCAAGAGUUACGCCGUGGACGAGCGGUUCCUGCACGCGGCGGGCGACGUGCGGCGCGUGCACUGGCACCCGGCCUCGCUGUCGCACGUGCUGGUGCUGGUGUCGGACAACACCAUCAGGCUCUACAACAUAGCCCUGAAGCACGGUCCGAAGCUCGUCUCCAUCUACACGACGGGCCCUAAGCCGAGCUGCCUCAUCGGCGGGCGCCGCAUACUGGACACCCUCGGAGACACCGCAGUGGACUUCGCGCCGCUGCCGGACACCAACAGUGUGCUGGUGCUGAAGGGUGACGGGAAUGUCUGCUGUUUGGACUGCGACUUGGACUCUAAAAGCUCAACAUCCAAGCUCAGCGGCCCUCUAGCGAUGUUCCCACCAGCCGACGACAACUACGGUUCAGACUCGUGCAGCCUGCUGGUGCUGGGCGGCGCGCGGCGGCCGGCGCUCGUGGUGCUGGCCUCCAGCUGCGCUGUAUUGUACCAUGCGGUGCUGUUACCGCAUCCUCAGUCAUAACAAGACAAGAAGGAGUCCGAAUACGCGCUGUACGUGAUCGAGGCCGUGGAGCUGAGCAUCGAGCUCGGCGCCGGCAACGACAGCAUCCAGCAGUACUCGUACCCGGUGCACUUGUACCCGUGCCCGGGCUCCAGCGGCACGUACCUGGUGUCGCACGCGGCGGGGGUGCACGCCGUGGCCAUGCCGGCCGCGAGGCAGCUGCACGAGUUCAUGAUGGCUGACGAAGGAGACAUAGAGUCACAACUCUCUUCACUCUGCCAAUCAUCGAGCGCGGCGCGCUACCUGGUCCGCACGCAGUACGGGGGCGCGCGCCCGCCGCGCGGCGUUGCCGCUCUUACCUCGGCCGUGCUGGUGCUGGUGGAUGAUGACAAAAGUGGCCCGACGCUGAUCUCGAGACAGCUGGAGCCGUAUGAGCUGGAAGAGCAGCUGUACAAGGAGAUGCAGCUCUCGAACCCAGCCUUGGAGGACGAGGACCUCAAGAAAAUACUCAAAGAGCGCCAACGCCUGUCCUUCACUUCCAUAAUCCAAGAGAUCCUCGCCCGGGAGGUGUCGCAGCCGCUGCUGAGACUCAACCGGAAGGACGAACCGGAGCCGCAGGAGGCACUGGAGUUCCUGACCCAAGCCACUCUGAAGCUCCGUCGCGAGUACAUAUCGCGGCAGCAGCGUGCCCUCGACGCAAUACGGAAGAAGAGCGGCAACAUGCGCGCGCUGCGGCGGCAGCAGGCGGCCUGGCAGACCGACUUGCAGAAAGACAUAGAAGAAGCUAAGCAGCAGUCGGAAGUGCUGAAGGAGAAGUGUGCGCUGGCCGAAAGGAACCAAGAGGAUCUUAAAGACAGAUGUUCCCUCGUGAUCCGCCAGCUGCAAGCGCGCUCGCCGGCCACGGCGGCCGAGCGGCAGGUGCUGGCCGAGCUGCAGGCGUUCAAGGACAUGCGAGACAACUUCGAGGAACACACGAGGAGGUUGAAGCUAAGGCAGCAGGACAAUAUGGAGCAGGUGAAGAAAUGGAAAGAAGACUACAAGAAGAAAGACAUAGCGCUCGGGCAAUCACACAGCGAGACUAUUUCAUCCAUUUUGAACCAGCAGACAAAGCAGAUAUCGACGCUGAUAGAAGAGACCAAACUAUUGAAGGACCAACUCAGUAUUGUUUAGUUAGUGCCAUUAUUUCAACAUUACUUUAGGACUUGGUUGUACUAUGGGGGAUA